AAACGUCAGUACCAACCGGUCGGUGAACGAAGCCAGACGAUUCGUGACUGGCGGAAUUAAAAAAAAACUAUUCCAUUUUCAAAAACAUCAAAAUAAGUGCUUACGUGAAAAGAUUAGAACUAUUUCUGUUGGUGGCCAGUUGAUUAAUAAUCUGUGAAUGUUCCAUUUUCAAAAAGUGCGCGCUUGAAUACGCGGUAACGUUUAAAAAAAUACGUUGAUUAAAAAUCGAUUUGUGGCGCGUGGAUUGGCUGCUACAGUGCUUUAUUUAUUAUUUAACGUUUUAAUGUUCUUGGUAUUUUCUCGUUAUUUAGCUGAAUGUGUGUGUUUUGGAGCUGGGAAAUUGGAAUGUCAAAUGUGGGGUGAUUGAUGGAGGUUGUGAGACGUACUCACCUACUUACUACCCUCUUAAUGACAAUUUUAUCGUGUGCACAAGACCUAUAAACUAAUAACAAAUGCAAAGCAGUAAACUUAAAUAGUGAAACGUCAGUGUUUUAGACGAAAAUAGUGAAAAUGUGCUAAAGUGUUGGACAUAGGACUGUGUGAGUGACGUAGAGCCAUGGGACUGCGGCGCAGUGAAAAGAAUGGUCUUCUCUCGUACGAGAACCCGAACUACCACUUGGACCCGUCGCGCCUCGAGUCGGCGCUCUACAGUGACUUGUACGACAUGCACGACGACAAGUUGCCCGACGACUACGAGUAUCUGGACAAUAGGAGACUUGAAGAUGAAGCCCGGUCACCAGUAACAAAAACAAAUGAAAAGGCCGGCCUCAUAACGCCCCCCCAAAAUGGCGGAGGCGAGUCGCCGCCCCCAGAGAAAGAGAGGGCAGACCAAGAGGACACAGAGAAGAGCCACGCGGAGGGCGUCCCACACUCGGCGGAGGGGCCCAACGACGACUUGUACGCUAUACCGGUGAAACUACGUCCCAAGAAGGAACCGCCGUUGCAACUGCCCCCGGGCUGGGAGAGGCAUGAAGACAAUGACGGCCCGUACUACUGGCACGUGAAGAGCGGUACGAUCCAGCGCGAGGUGCCCAAGAUGCCACCAGUGGAACCCAAGGAGCAGAGAAUCUCCAUGGUGCGGGACUGCUCCAACCUGUCUGAGGUCAGCAAGUACGAGGGGGUGAUGACGUCAUCCGUGACCCGGAGCACCACGAGCGGCGCCCUGGACCAUGACGGGCAGGAGGCGGAGAGGAAACGGAAGGAGGAGAUCGCUUACAAACGCCGCAGCUACCCCGCCCGCCCUGAACCCGACAACGGGCGCGCGGUCCGCUUCUUCGUGCGCUCGCUGGGCUGGGUGGAGAUCUCGGAGGCGGACCUCACGCCGGAGCGGUCCAGCCGCGCCGUCAACAAGUGCAUCGUGGACCUGAGCCUCGGCCGCAACGAUCUGUUGGACCAAGUCGGACGAUGGGGUGAUGGUAAAGACCUGUUCAUGGACCUGGACGACGGCGCGCUGAAGCUGAUCGACCCGGAGAGCCUCACCACGCUGCACACGCAGCCCAUACACACCAUCCGCGUGUGGGGCGUGGGCAGAGACAACGGACGUGAAAGGGACUUCGCGUACGUGGCCCGCGACCGCGCGACCCGCAAGCACAUGUGCCACGUGUUCCGCUGCGACGCGCCGGCUCGCACCAUCGCCAACACGCUGCGGGACAUCUGCAAGCGCAUCAUGAUCGAGCGCUCGCUGCAGCCGCCGCCGCGCCCCACCGACCUGCCGGCCGCCAGGCGCCCUAGACCACUCUCUGGAGCAUCAUUCCCGACCCCCAUGGAGGAGCCCCGCAAGACGGUGCGCGCGCGCUACCUCGGCAGCGCGGAGGUGCCGCGAGCCACCGGCAUGGACGUGCUCAAUGAUGCGCUGGAGCGGCUCGCGGCGGCGCGGCCCCCGUCCGCGUGGAGGCCGUGUGCUGUCGCCGUGGCGCCCAGCAUGAUCACUAUUACUGAGGAAGGGGAAACAACCCCCAUAGUAGAGUGCCGUGUCCGCUACCUCUCGUUCCUGGGCAUCGGGCGCGACGUGCGGCGCUGCGCGUUCAUCGUGCACACGGCUCGUGACGCCUUCGUGGCGCACGCCUUCCACGCCGAGCCCUCGUCUGGCGCGCUGUGCAAGACUAUUGAGGCUGCUUGCAAGCUCCGCUACCAGAAAUGUCUGGACGCGCACGGCGGCGGGUUCCCGCCCCGCUCCCCGCCCGCGUCCACCACCUCGGCCGACAGCCGCGGCUCCAUCGGACAGACGCUCAAGUCGCUGGUGGGGUCACUGACCGGCCGCCGCGCCUCCUGAGCCGAGGAUAGCGCUACUCCUGUUGAUGAACAUACAGAGAAGGUCCACCACCGGCACCUGCAGUCGCCGUCGGCGUCGCCAGAACGAGAGUAGCGCCGCGAUCUUCACUCCACACUUCAACCAGCCGUUUAGUGCAGUUACUUUUAUAUCCAACGUUUGAAUCAACAGCCGUAUAGUGUAACAUCCAACGUUUGAUCCAACCGUUUUGUGCAGUUACUUUUAUAUUCAACGUUUGAAUCGUCCGUUUAAUCCAAGAUAUUCAAUGCUGUUACCUACUUCUAUAUGCAACGUACAAACCAUUUAAGAGACUACAUCGUUACAUUCAAAUCUGCGGUUGUUUACUUUACUAAGUAGGUGGUAGGUACCUACUUAUAGAGUUUUUCUAUCUAAAGUUUGAUCAGGCGGUUUACAGCUGAGUUGCUUUAUUAAGUAGUACCUAGUUACGUUAGAUGAAACUGAAAUUAAGGUAGGUUAGGUAAAACAGGUAAAAUUUAUGAUGAUACCUAUCUGUACCUAUCUACCUCUAGUUUUUAAAAUUCUAAUAUUGGCAAGAGUUUGAAACAGUGUUUAAUUGUUAAAUUUUCAUUCACCAUCCACCAUCGUAUCAAACCGGUAUAACCAUUCCACAAAACGGCUAAACAGUUAAUUUGCAAAUUACUGCGAGUAUUCCACUAUGUAUCUUAUAAUUUGAACAUAAGACACAAACUGUCUUGACUGCAUCAACAUAUCUAUUAGUUUUUUACCCAGCACAGUCAUAGCUCACUGUAUAGAUGCGGCUUUUAGGUGUGUCACUGUAAUUUCAACCUUUUUGGACAAAAAGUAGGUUAAUAUUGAUAACUCGCUCUGUCUAUUUGCUGAUAUGGCAUGGGAAAGAGAUGGGUAGGAUCUAGGAACACUAUCUUGAGUUUUGACAAUAAGAUUGGUCUUGUUUAGUCAGUAGGUGUUCUUCUAUAUGUUUUCACUAUUAGAAGUUUAGUUUGCAUUAUCACCAUCGAAUGAUGUGGGUGUAGAUACUGUAGAUGUCACCUAACAUACAUUUUCCUCUUAUAAAACCUUCAGGCAUGAUGUGUUAUUAUUUACUUACAUCCAGUAUGUUCGUAUGGUACAGCUAGAAAUAUAACCAAUUACCUACUGAAUGUUAUUACAUUAAGUACAUCGCUACUGUAUAUUUCUAGUACUCCGUAAACAAAUUCUAAAUCAAUAAUACCAAUGGGCAAAUUGGUAUAUUUGUACUAUCAAUAUGAUAGGUAUACCCAAGAUAAUAAUAAUUUGAGUAAGUACAUAAUUUAUAUUAGUGAAUUAAAUUGUUAUAAUUUUUAAGUUAGUACAUACAUUGUUAUUUUUUAACAGAGCCAUCUAGUGUGUGAUUUGAUGUAUGCAUGUGAUGGUUUUUGAAAUAAAAGUUUCACUGAUCUUAUUUUAUUAAUUUUAACAAGUAGAUAUAUUUACUUUAUCGUAUUUGUUGUGUGUUACCUUAACCCUAGUCGGUAGAAUAAAUUUUGCUUGUGUAAAUGGCCGCCAUUCAAUAUUGUAUUCGUUAAAUUACGUUAUAAUACUGCGGUUUUAGCUAAUAAAGAUAAAUGGUAAAUUAGAAUCGUUGUAAUUUAGAUAAAUUGACGUUUAGCAUUAUUCAAAUGGUUAUUGAAUGUCGGUAAUUUUAAGGUGCAUCUUAGUGAAAAUUGUAAAUAAUUGUAUUGUAUUUAUUACUAAAAUUGAAUGGUUUUUUAUGGUUAACAUUGGCUGCAAAAUCUGUUUCACUACAUAGUUUUUCAUACUAAGGAUUUCUUAAAGGUUAAACAGAUUUUGUAGAAAUAGUUACAGCCAGGCAUUGGAGUAUUUCAAAGAAAAUUAACUAAAAAAUAAUUUUGGAAGACGAGCACGGUAUGAACUAGUGUAAGAAUAGAACUAAUUCACAAAUUGGCAUAAUAACGAGGUCUCUUUCUAACGGUAACGCUAAAUAAGAGACGCCAUUAUGGUAAAUAUAUAUUUAAAAAAAACUCGUUAAUAGGGCACUAUAAUAAUGCUAAAGCUUAUAAGAAAAAUGGGUGUUGUAUUUGUAAAUUAUAUUGCAAAAGAAAUUCUAUUUUGUAUGAUAUUUCGAUUAGGCUUUGAGAAUAUUUAAAAUCGAUUCGUAAGUUGUUUUUUUCUGCGACUUGUUUUGAUAUGAUCCUUGCACUUUCCCAGUAAUCUAAUAUUCACAAACCUCACCACAUAAGGGUCACAUAUUGAGCUUUCAAAGUACGAUAUUAUAUUUUUUCGCCAUUUAAUAGCUAAGAUAUUAUAAUAAUACCGAAAGGCAGAAGAUUAAAAUGUUCAAUAGAUGUCGCUACGGGACCUUAUGUAAUUAAGUAUAAAAUUAAUUUUCUGGGUACAGUUGAAAUGUUCUGAAUAAGUCACUGUGUUACGAGUUCAAAAAUAUUCUAAACUAACUUAAGCUCUUUGAAAAAUUACGCAUAUUCUGUAUAGAGAAUGACUUCUUAGUACUGUACCCAGGCAUUUAAUUUCUUCAACUUCAUUUCUUCCAAAUUGUUUAAAAUUAAAAACCCUUUCCCUCACUAUAUCUAUGUAAGUAUAAGAAGAUCCACUUAAAAUGUCCACCAGCUUCAAAAAUAUAUUCAAAACAGUAUUUAGAUCAGUGUCGCUUCUAAUUUUUACGUAAAAUCUCAAUAUUUAAGUGAAUAAAGUAAUUUAAAAACACUGAAUUAUACGUAAACAUAGUGUAACUCACGUUAAAAUAAGUGAUUUAAAGUUAUUUAUACAAAAUAUGUUAUAACAUAGUCGCAAUAGAGUGAACGUUGCAAGCUUCGACUGCCUUGGAUCAAGUUACAUAGUAUAUAUCAAUAUUUUCUAUAUAUAAAUAAAUGAUGUAAUGUUUCUAAUAUGUAGUGUUAGGAAGCUUUCGUAAGCCGCAGGCGCCACUCGUGGGAAACUUACAUCAUCGCUUAAAAGCUUGAAAGCCUUCAGAAUGUGGCUUUUAACAACUUUUGUGAAAUUAAUAAAAAAAAUAUUAAUACAA